AUGAAAGAAUCGAGAGACGGAGAUGAAGAUAGGAGCGAACACCGAAGUAAAAUUGAUUCUUUUAUGAUCGAUAAAUGCGCUUGACUUUUUCCAACUUACUUUCUUUCUCUCCUUCUUCUUCUUCUUCUUCUUCUUCUUCUGUGGAAACAGGAUUUCUUAUCGAAUUUCGCCGCUCAUUCUCGUUCAUUUGUCAGGCGAUAGUGAAAUAAAAUGAUAUGUUCAUCACCGUGAUUCCUUUAAUAUUUCUAUCAAUUAGUCGAAUACUUCGGUAAUCGGACAACGUUUCGACGCGAUUUUUUUUCUACAUUUACAUACCAUGUUGCUCGUUCACAUUGAAAUUUUGCUGUUAACUUUUUGCUGUUUCAGUGCUAUCUUUAAGAAAUACUCAGGAAGAGGAACCACCUGACCCGCAGCUAAUGAGGUUGGACAAUAUGUUGAUCGCGGAAGGUGUCGCAGGCCCUGAAAAGGGCGGCGGAGCGGGAGCUGCGGCCUCUGCUGCGGCAGCGGCAGCGGCGGGUGGACCACCUGGACAACCUGACAACGCCAUCGAACACUCGGAUUAUAGAGCCAAGCUUGCCCAAAUUAGACAGAUUUAUCAUCAGGAAUUGGAGAAAUACGAACAGGUCCGUAAAUGGUGUCGUCAUCCCUUUACCCACGCGGAAAUUUCUAGCGUGUAACGAGUUCACGACCCACGUAAUGAAUUUAUUGAGGGAACAAAGUCGUACCAGGCCAAUCACGCCAAAGGAGAUUGAAAGGAUGGUUCAGAUUAUUCACAAGAAAUUCUCCAGCAUUCAGAUGCAGCUUAAACAAUCGACUUGCGAGGCAGUGAUGAUUCUGAGGAGUCGAUUCCUCGAUGCAAGGCGAGUUUGUAUAAAUAAAAAUAAACAUUGCCUGUUUUGUAUUUUUUAUUAUUUUCUUUCUAAUGGGCGUAAGAGACGGAAUUUCAGCAAACAAGCCUCCGAAAUUCUGAACGAAUAUUUUUAUUCGCACCUUAGUAAUCCGUAUCCGAGCGAAGAGGCGAAGGAAGAACUCGCACGAAAGUGUGGAAUCACCGUGAGUCAGUGAGGCGGAAGAACUUAAAAGACGCACCCUCGAAUUUUGUAUGCACCGCGAUUGUUUCUACAGCAGCUUUUGCAGGAGCGUCGCCGUACAGUAUGGGUGGUGCUAGCCAAGGCACCCCGACGCCUAUGAUGUCGCCGGCGCCGCCCGGUGGGCCCCAAGACAUGGCCGGAUAUGGAAUGGGCAUAAAUGGUAGCGACUAUGGUUCGCAACCGUACAACGACGGCUCCAUGGGUUACGACCCUAUGCACCAGGUAACCAUCACUUUCCCAACAUGA